UUUGAUCAUCUGCGAGGCCCGCGUGACCAGCAGUACUAUUAUAACCACCACCACCAAACCAACGAACGAACCUUCACGAAUCACGAUCGAUUCCACGGGCACCGCGCGAGCGCACGCAUCUCGAUGGGGUCCGAAGCCGCCGCCGCCGCGAUUGACCUGCUCCGCUCGGCCGCGCCCGUCCUGCCGGACGGCGACCUCCUCCUCACGCCCCGCGAGGCCCCAGCCGCGGGGCUCGUCCUCGUCGACGUCUCCAACGGCUUCUGCACCGUCGGCGCCGGGAACCUUGCCCCUGUUACACCAAAUAAGCAGAUAGAGAAGAUGGUGGAGGAGUCUGCUAGGCUUGCCAAGGUGUUCUGUGAGAGGAACUGGCCGGUCUUUGCAUUUCUCGAUACCCACUACCCUGAUAAGCCCGAGCCACCUUUUCCACCACAUUGUAUUGUCGGUUCUGGUGAAGAAAAUUUUGUUCCAGCCCUGGAGUGGUUGGAAAAUGAUCCUAAUGUGACUAUCAGGAGGAAGGACUGUAUUGAUGGUUAUCUUGCCGCAUUUGAGAAGGAUGGGUCUAAUGUCUUUAGCGAUUGGAUCGCGAAGUUUCAAAUCAAAACUGUUUUGGUUUUGGGAAUAUGCACAGACUAUUGUGUUUUGGACUUUGCAAGUUCAACUUUGGCUGCCAGAAACAUUGGCCGAGUGCCUCCAUUAGAAGAUAUUGUGAUCUAUUCUGAGGGAUGUGCUACAUUUGACCUCCCUGUUGAAGUAGCCAGGAGUAUCAAAGGAGCUUUGGCUCAUCCACAGGAUCUUAUGCAUCACAUGGGACUUUACAUGGCCAAAUCAAGGGGUGCGAAGAUAGUUGACAGAAUUAUUCUUGAAGAGUGAGACUAGAUCAUUCAUCCAGUCUGACUUCCUUGCCAGAAGGAAUAGGAUGAUGCUAGUGUUUUCAUUCCUUACGAUUAUCCGUCAAAUGAGCAAUAAUCAGAUAUGUAUGUGCUGCCUGGUGUACUGACACUAUUCUCUUGUGGCACACAUGCUUAUGUGUAAUUAUCCAGGACUAUGUUUAACCAGUAUUUACUGUUCAGUGUCCAGUAUGCAUAGAAUAGAUAGACAUCACUUUUCCAUGUCUUUUGUCUUAUGUAGCUUGUAUAUCCUGGGUCCCAAGUUUGUGUAUCCUGGAAAAUGGAUCAACUAACUGUACUCUUAGAGACGAAGAGAUGGCAGGUGAUGAGAUUUAUAGGGUGUAUUGACAUGGAUUGGUGAUUGAUGUUGGUUGAGCUGGAGCAGGGGAAGAAGAUCAGCAGCAGCCACAUGCACCAAGGAGACAAUUACCAUGGUUUGAGUCAUGUUAUCUGAUCCGAACAAACGUGUUUAGUGGUGUGUUCUGUAAGUCCUGUUUACCUGUGAAUAUAAAACACUGAUGUUCAGUUUGUGCAAUUUGUUUAUGAAUUUAUCAAGAAAAGAUUGCUUUGGA